UUACACGCUGUUUAACAACAUUCCUCUUCACCACUUUCUCAACUUGCCUAACCGACUGGCAAUUCAAGAAUCCUCUCACGCCAUGGUGACGGGAUUCUCAAUCAUUUUCAUAUUUCCUUGAUCCUUGGGCGCUUGUGGUGGGCGCGCAGACUUCUCUCAUAUUCAAUCUAUCCUCCUCUAAUACUCAUCCCGCCGAUUUGACUUCACAUCAACCAUGGCCGAAGACAUUGAUGUCCGAGCCAUCUCGGCCUUCUCCUCACUUCCAGAGAACACAAUCACAACGUUGCGCCAGACUCCUUCACCCGAGUUGAUUGACGAGAUCCUUCGCGCUUUUGUUCCAAAGAUAAAAGAGUGUGAACAGACAAAGGCAAAACAUGUCAAGACGGAGAUUGAGCUUGAAGCCUACACGCGUAAAAAUGACUCCAAGGUCAAGGCUCUUUCAGAGUCUCGGGACAAGGCUCUCGAACAGGCAGGUAAACUGCGUGGUGAACUCCAGGUUGCUGAAACCGCAAAGACCAGAUUGGAAACCGAACUGGACCAGAUGCGCUCUGCCACUUCGAAUGAAAACUCUGAGAUCAGCACGCUCAAGUCACGAGUCACCUCGCUCGAGGCUGCCAACCGCGAUACUCUUGCUCUUCUUGAGUCCAAGACUACUGCAUACGAAAGCCUGUCGCAGGACCUUGCCGCUCAGCAUCAGAAGGCUGCAGAACUCCGGAAACAGAUCACGACUCUCGAGCAAUCAGUACAGUCCGCUAAUGCCUCUGUUGCUAGCGCGAAGUUCAAGGAGCAGAGCCUUCUUCAAGAGGUGGACAUGCUUAAGAAGAAUAAUGAAUGGCUGGAGAAUGAACGGAAGAUUAAGGCCGACGAACAUACAAAUUUCCGUAAGGAGAAGAACGCCCGGAUUUCGGAAUUGUCCAGAUCCAAUGAACAAUACAUUGCUGAUGCUGAAGCCUUGAGACGAUCCGAGACUGCACUAAAGCAUCGCUUGGAAGAGCAGGCAACGAAACUCGAGGAGACGCUGGAGGAAAUGCAAAAGAUCCGCGAAGAAAAGAUCUCAUCAGAUGAAUCGCACCGAGUUGAUCUUGAAAGUGUUACUAGGCUUGCUGAUUUGCAGGCUGCGUCCGCCGAAACUGCCAAGCAACGAGUUCAAGAACUUUCUGUUGCCUUGGAAGAGGCCCGCGAAGAGGCAGCGGAAGAAGUUGGCACCAUUCGCGCCGAGAUCGAGUCUGAGCAUAACGACCGUAUUGCGGCCGAACAACGAAUUGUCGAGCUCGAAAGAUCGCUCGAAGAGCUAUCAAAUGAGCUCGAACAAGCCCGAGCACGACCAAGCACCCCUCAGCGUGGAAUGAACGGCUCGGGCAUCACUACACCUAUUCGAGCUGGCACGCCUGGUGGCAUAUUUUCCCCUUCCUCCAUCUCAAGGCCAAGGACUCAAAUGACAAUGACACAACUUUACAAUGAGUACACGAAACUCGAAGGAGAUCUCGCCAGCGAGAGACGAGCGAAUGAACAACUGCGCGAGAAUCUUGACGCAAUGGUCGAGGAGCUUGAGAACAACAAGCCAGAAAUCGAAGAGUUACGGAUGGACCACGAUCGACUACAGAGUGAGGUUGUCGAGAUGUCCAGCAUCAUGGACAGAGCCAAUUUCGAGCGAGAUUCUGCUGUCAAAGAACUCAAGCACUGCCAGGGUCACCUUGAGAGCAAGUCGAGAGAAGUCGAGGUUCUCACGCAGCAACUUCGCGACACGGGCUCUCAGAUCCGCUUCCUUCUUAUCGAACAGCAUGUUCGAGAACAAGGUGGCGCUAUGUCUCGAGAGGACUUUGAUGAACUUGAGAGGCAGGCCAAUGAAGCCAUGGCCCAGGACAUGGCCAACUUGUCCGAGACUCAACAGUUGGUCAAUCAGCGCCUCAUCGUUUUUAAGAACAUUGAUGAGCUUCAACGACAAAACGAGGAUCAACUCAAGACCAUUCGUAACCUGGUUAGUGAACUUGAGAGCAGUGUGGCAAAGGAGAAGGAACAACAACAACUUGCUAUGAAAGAGGAGCUCGAGCAGGCUCGUGCUCAAAUCUCCUCAUACCAGGACGAACUUAAGACUAUGGUGGCUCAGACCAAGAGCUUCGUCAAGGAGAGAGACAUGUUCCGCAAUAUGUUGACACGACGUGGUCAUUUGUCCGGUGCACAAGUACAUCCUACCGACUUCUCCAGAUCGCUGCCUGUCCCUAACGGGGAGUCGCCAGCUGGUUCCGUAACAGGCGGCGAGUCUGAUUAUGCCAAGCUCCUCAAAGACCUGCAACAUCACUUCGAUACGUACCGACAAGAAGCAUCCACCGACCAUUCGGCGUUGAAGAUGCAAGUUGAUGAGUUGAGCAGAAAGAAUUCCCAAUUACAAACAGAGAUCAGCCGCGCCAUGGGACAACUGACUGCUGCUAAUCAACGAUAUGAGAUGCUCCAAGCCAACUACAGCUCUCUCAAGACCGAGAACGGAGAAAUCCAGAAAAGAUCGUACGCUGUCAUGGAUAAUGCCAAUAAGCAGGAAGUCAAAGCGCAGCAAGUAGCCGAAGAACUUGUUGAGGCCAGAGCUCUUGUAGAGAGCUUGCAGCGUGAUUCUGCCAACCUCAAAGCUGAGAAGGAUCUCUGGAAGACCGUGGAGCGAAGACUGAUCGAAGACAAUGAGUCUUUACGAAACGAACGAGGUCGACUAGAUCAGCUAAAUGCAAGCCUACAAUCAAUCAUCAACGAGCGCGAGCAGACUGAUGCAGAGAGCAGACGUCGUCUUCAAGCACAAGCCGAAUCACUAGAAUCAGAGCUCCAGUCUGUGAAGAGGAAGCUCAACGACGAGAUCGAGGAAAGCAAAAAGGCCUCCAUGAGACGUGAAUAUGAACACGAACAGAGUCAAAAGAGGAUCGACGACCUCGUUACAACAUUGGGCUCCACCAAGGAAGAGCUGGCUUCGGCCAAGACAGCAAGAGAUCAUCUUCAAGCCAGAGUCGACGAACUUUCGGUCGAACUUCGCUCUGCAGAAGAGCGUCUGGAGGUUCUGACCAGACCUGCCGAACCUGCCGCCCAAGAAAAGGGUUCAGAGGAGAACAGUCUCACCAAGGAGCAAGAAUUGUCUGUAGAGAUUUCUGAACUCAAGCGAGACCUCGACCUCAAAGUUGCUGAGCUUGAGAGAGCCAACGAACAGGUUGAGGUCUACAAGAAUAUUAGUCAGUCGAGCGAGGAGCGACUUCAAGAGCUUGGUGAAACCAAUGACCAGUAUCGGGAGGAGACAGAAGCUAUGCUUGCUGAGAAGGAUGGCAAGAUCAAGGACCUUGAACAACGCAUUGAAGAUAUCUCUUCAGAGCUCAGCACUACCAACUCGGAGCUGUCGAAGCUGCGCGAUGAACAGGCAGAAGCAGGUCGCAAACUCGACGAACAAAAGGCUGGCUUUGAAACUGAAAUUGAACGCCUCAAGGAGGAAGCUGAGAAGAGCGCCGAGCAAGCUCAGUUCAACCUGGAAGCCUCCAAAGUGCAAGCACAGAUCGCCACAGAGGCCCAACAAAAUUACGAGAAUGAGCUUGUCCGACAUGCAGAUGCCGCAAAGGCACUCCAUACAGUACGAGAGGAAGGCAAUCAGCUCAAGCUGGAGGCCGUUGACCUACGUACUCAGGCCGCCACUGUAAAGGCGGACCUCGAACAGAAAGAGUCUAGCUGGAACGAAUUGAAGGAUCGCUACGAGAGAGAAGUGUCUGAUCUCAAGCAACGCCGAGAAGAAGUCAUGCAACAAAACACUCUGCUUCAUAAUCAACUUGAACGAUUAACACAACAAAUCAGCACCCUCCAACGUGACCGGGCCGCUUUAGCUGAGGGCGAGAAUGCUGAAGGGCCCACACAGUCAUCUAUCGACCUCGACGAGUCACAGGAGAUGAUCAGAUAUUUGCGACGUGAAAAGGAGAUCAUUGAGGUUCAACACCACAUUUCAGUCCAGGAGAGCAAGAGAUUGCGCCAACAGCUGGAGCUUGCUCAAUCUCAAUUGGAUGACACUCGACUGAAGCUUGACCAGCAACGUCGCGCAGAAGUGGAUGCUGAGCGUAACGCCAUCAACCACAACAAGCUCAUGGAGACCUUGAACGAGCUGAACCUUUACCGAGAAAGCAGUGUGACUUUACGGGCGGAGGUGAAGCAAGCGAAGGAUUCCCUCGGUGAGAAAUCUAAACGUGUGGAAGAGCUCGAGGGCGAGAUCCACACUUUGAACGCUCGUGUUGCAGAACUCGAAAAUCUCGUCGAACUUCGUGAAGGUGAGCUGAAGCUGAGCCAGGAAGAUCGUGAUCAUUGGCAACAACGCUGUCAGAACAUUCUUUCCAAGUACGACCGUGUUGACCCGGCCGAGCUGGAGGCCCUCAAAGAGCAGCUCACGACAUUAGAAAAGGAACGUGAUGACAUCAAGAUGCAACUUGAAAAUAUUGCUGCUGCACGCGACGAGGCACAGAAUGCUCUGCAAGAGCAUGUUGAUGGCCUGCCUAAUGUCAUCAAGGUUGCCAAAGCAGAACAAAAGAAUGUGCUUGAGACUCAAUUCAAGGAUGUCUUGAGGAAGAAUCGCACGGCGCUUAAUGAGACAAAAGCCGAACUCGACGCUGCGCUAGCUGAAAAAGGUGCCCUGCAGGAGGAGCUCGAUUCUGCCAAAGCACAGCUUGCAUCUGCACCUGCCCCUACUGAAAACACGUUGUCUACCCCUCAAGCCAACGGAGAAACUGAGGCCCCGAUGAACGACGCACCUACUGAUGGCCCAAGUGACACUUCCAAUAAUUCAGCAGUGGUCGAACUUGAAGCCAAAAUCAAGGAGUUGGAAGCCUCUCUUGCCGCCAAGGACAAAGAAAUCCAAGACAUCACAUCUUCACAGGAUGAAAAGUACAACAACAGGGUAUCAGCCAUGGAGAAGAUACUUAACAAGCGUCUUCAAGAAGUAAAGACUGAGGCCCAGCAGGCAAAGGCAGCUGCAUUGGAGGAAUUGCGCACUAAACUUGAUGCUGAGCAUCAACAGGAGAUGGAAGCUCUGAGAGCCAGCUCUGUUCCUGUUGCCGCGGACCUGCAGAAAGUCACUGACGAUGCUUCGAAUGCUGCGACCGAGACAGCUACGAGUGCCGCCACUGAGCCCCCUGCACCCAUUAGUCCUGAGCAGCUUACGGAUGAAGUUCUGUUGGCCAUUCCAGAAGAUAAAGCCAGAUUCCUGGUCCAGAACCAUGAAGUUCUCCGCAGAAUGGUUCAGACUAAUAUCCGCAACCGAGUGGAAAAGGAGAGAGAGAGCAUUCGCGAGGCCAUUCGAAAGGAGAUCAUGGAAGAAGGGACGACUCAAGGCAACGGUCCUUCCUCACAGCAGGUCGAAGAAUUGGAGCGACGGUUCAACGACGAGAAGGAAAACAUAAUCAAGCAGAAAGAGUCUGAAUUCAAUGCUGAGAAGGAGACUCUGAUCAAACAGUAUGAGGAAAACCUUGCGCGAGAGAAGCAAGCUCUGAUCGUCAGGCAUCAUGAAGAGCUGAUCUCACAGAAACUCCAAUUCGACCAAGAGUCGGAAAGGAAGAUACAAGAACAAGUGCGCAACGCUGAACAAAUGAUGGAGAAGCGUGGCGCCGUAAAGCUCAAUAUGGCGACAAAUAAAGCCGCAGCGGCAACUGCGAAAUUGGAGGUUGUCAAGAAGGCUGCGGAAGAGACCCCUGAGAAGCCUGUUGGGGAAGUCUGGGAGAUAGCCAAGGACACCAGACCUCCGCCAGCGGCUCCGAAACCAGCGGCCUCUGCCAACCCAGCUCCUUCUGCCGUGUCUGCUCCUGCUGCUGCUCCGGCUGCGGCUACCACUGCCUCUGCUCCAGCGAGCGCUCCCGCGCAGCCUCCCGCAACGCCAGACGGCAAAAUUAAUGGGAACUCGCAGGCUACAUCCACCGGGGAAUCUACAGCUGCCGUCAUCAAGACUGAAGCACCGGUACAGAACCCUCAGCAACAGCAGCAGCAGCAGCAGAUUGGAACACAAGCAGCCACGUCUGUGACUGGCAAGCAAUCUCAGACUGGCGGAGCUGCUUUGAUGCAUCAAUUGCAAUCGGGUAUUCCACGUGGUGGUUCCAUUCGUGGUCCUCGGGGCAGCAGUAUUCCUCGAGGAAGAGGCGCGCCGCGAGGUCGAGGUGGCGCAUCACACGUACAGACCGGUGUUCCACAGCAGACUCGGGGAGGCGGCAAUGUGGGUAGUCCGAGUCGAGGAAAUCUGAACCCACAAGCUGCACAGUUUACUCCAGGUGGUAGCAACAAACGCGCGCGGGAAGAUGGAGGACCUGCCGAUGAUGCCGGUCAAGGAAAGCGAAUUCGUGGUGAAGGAGCGUCAUCUUAAACUCAUCAGGGUCUUAAUUUCAUUUGUUAUGUGUGGUAAUGGGGGAUGGUUAUAUCUGCGAUAAAAGAGAGGAGAUCUUUGCAUGGCUACGGCGAACCAAGGACUUGCAUGAUGUGGUUUUUUGUGUCUAUUCAAUCUUUACGAGACGGUCGACCUGAACUUAACUCGGAAAGAUGAGUUGAGAAAAUUCGAAGAUGAGAAAAGGGGUCCGGUCGGCUUAGUCUAGUCUCGUCUACAAAAUCUUUACUGUAGACCUUAUGGAUCUGUAUCAUACAUGGCUAUACAUUCGGGAUACCAAAUGCCUGGGCGUUGCUCUGUGCUUGAAAGGUUUUUGCUUCCCUGGUUGUGUGGCGGUUGUAG